GACGGGUUGUCGAGCACCGGCACGAAGCUCGACCGAGAAGAAGCCCUAACCCUAUCCCCUUUUCUUCGGACCGCUUGCUCGCCUCCUGCAGAGAUGCGCGCGAGAUCAUCACCAUCCAGGUCGGGCAAUGCCGAUGCGGCAACCAGAUCGGCAAGGAGUUCUGGAAGCAGCUCUGCCUCGAGCACGGGAUCGGCAAGGACGGCCUCCUCGAAGAUUUCGCCACUCAGGGUGGUGACAGGAAGGAUGUGUUCUUCUAUCAAGCUGACGAUCAACACUAUAUACUGAGAGCUCUUCUGAUGGACUUGGAACCAAGGGUAAUUAAUGGCAUCCAAAAUAGUGAAUACAGAAAUCUUUACAACCACGAAAACAUUUUUCUCUCGGACCAUGGUGGUGGAGCUGGGAACAACUGGGUUACCAUCAACCUUUCCAGGGUGAGCAAGUUGUCUAUGACAUCAUGGAUAUGGUUGACAGAGAAGCUGAUGGAAGUGAUAGUCUUGAAGGUUUUGUAUUAUGCCACUCAAUUGCCGGAGGAACAGGUUGAGUGCAGGUAUGGGUUCAUAUCUCUUGGAGACUCUGAAUGAUCGCUACAGCAAAAAACUUGUCCAGACAUAUAGUGUAUUCCCUAACCAAAUGGAAACCAGUGACGUGGUUGUCCAACCCUACAAUUCACUUCCGACUUUAAAGAGGUUGGCGUUGAAUGCUGAUUGUGUCGUUGUUCUUGACAAUACGGCAUUGAAUAGGAUUGCUGUGGAGCGCCUUCACCUAAUGAAUCCUACCUUUGUUCAAGCAAAUUCUUUGGUCUCCACAGUCAUGUCUGCUAGCACAACUACUCUGCGGUACCCAGGAUACAUGAACAAUGAUUUGGUUGGCCUUCUUGCAUCCCUGAUUCCAACUCCAAGAUGCCAUUUUCUGAUGACAGGAUAUACACCACUUACUGUGGAACGACAGGUCAAUAUGAUUCGUAAGACUACUGUUCUAGAUGUGAUGAGGAGACUUUUGCAGACUAAAAAUAUUAUGGUGUCAUCUUAUGCUCACACAAAAGAAGCUAGCCAAGCUAAGUAUAUAUCCAUAUUAAACAUUAUCCAUGGAGAUGGGGAUCCUACACAGGAAGCAAGACAGAGAGUUUAUGAGCAAUGCGUCCAAGCAAUUGUUCAAACAGCAAAAGAGGAAACUAUCCACCAUCUUCCAAAGAUUUUGGAAUUUAUUUCUUCCAUUGUGACUUUUAUUUUAACAAUGUCAAAGCAAAUCUUCCAUAGCUAUAUUCCAAACCAGUGGAGCAGAACCGGUCUGCAGACUAGCAAUACCAUACUAGCUCCUCCUCGCGAUGGAAGAUCUCCAAGCAUUGGUGGAUUAUCAGAGUUAGAAAGGAUGGCUGGUGGAAUGCCAGACCCAUCCUUUGUCAAUCAACUUCUGCAUAACCCAGCCAUUGUGCAGACUUAUUAUUAGAGAGAAGGAAUUGUUGUUGCCUUCAAUUUUUUAUAUUUUAUCUGAUUGUUGACCAUCAGAGCCGUCAACAACUACAUAACUUGUUGGGUUCCAACGCUCAGUUCAGCAGUAUGUUACAAAAUCCAGAAUUGAUUCAGCACCUUAUUUCUCCUAAGACAGCAUCUUCUAUCAUUUCAGCAGACACCUUUGAGGGGCCUUUGGUUUGCAAAGAAAAUAUUCGCUCUUUACAAGCAACCGCUGGAAACGUCCACGCUGCUGUAAAUUGGCCUUUGAGGGGCCCUCAUUGAUACUUCAUGCAGCUUUGCCUUUUUUUUUCCCUUCCUUUUGUUGCUUUUGCAUAGAAAAAGAACAAAACUGAUCGUUUCAGCUUCAUAAUUUUUUCAAAGACGUCUGCAAAUGUGCACAGUUCUUCUAAUGACUUAUGUCUCAGAUUUUAUCAUAUCUUUCUUCUCUGGUAAA